AUGCACGAAUAUGAGCAUUUGAAUCACAUGCGACGGGCCCCGGCGGAAUCCGAACCAUCAACUCAGCGCGUGUACAUUCCCCACCAUCCGGUCUAUAAGGUUGACAGCGCUACAACCCGAUUGCGUGUAGUGUUUAAUGCUUCCAGCUUCACUUCUAACGGGACCUCACUUAAUGAAUUUCUAACUCCCGGGCCUAAACUUCAAAAUGAUUUAUCGGCGGUUAUGCUACAAUGGCGUCAAUUUCAAUUCGUAUACACCGCGGAUAUUGCUAAAAUGUAUCGCCAAAUUUUAAUCGACGAACGCGAUAUCGAUUAUCAACGUAUUUUGUGGCAGCCGGAGAAUGCUGAGUCGGUGUGCGAUUAUCAGCUUCUCACUGUCACGUACGGCAUGUCAUGCGCUCCGUAUCUUGCCCUGCGCGUCCUUCAGUGUUUAGCGGAAGAUGACGGACCACGAUUCCCUCUCGCCGUUCCUAUUCUACAUAAACAAACUUAUGUGGACGAUGUCCUGUUCGGCGCCCACGAUAUUCGAACCUUGAAACAUAAGCGCAAUGAUCUCGUGUCACUGCUGCGUUACGGGCAAUUCGAAUUGCGGAAGUGGGCGAGCAACUCUACUAACCUACUCGACGACAUUGAUCCUCGCGAUCACGGUUUAGCGUGCGACAAAUCGUUAUCAACUGAUGAAACCGUCAAGGUUCUCGGAAUUGUGUGGAACCCAGCUCUUGGUGCGUUUUGCUAUCGCGUCUCCCUGGAGAGCUCGCUCCCCAAGACCAAACGAUCCAUUCUCUCAAUUAUCGCUCGAUUGUACGAUCCAUUGGGCUGGGUCACACCGGUCACUGUCGCUGCAAAGAUUCUAAUGCAGCAUUUGUGGCGCCAACAACUCGAGUGGGAUUCCCCCCUCCCAUCGUCUAUUUUGGACCACUGGGAAUCUAUUUAUUCUCAGCUUGCUCAUUUAAAUCAUCUUCGAAUCAAAAGAUGGACGGGUCUUCUGCCCGGGCAGCGUGUCGAACUGCACGGGUUUGCCGACGCCUCGACGUUGGCAUACGCCGCGUCGGUAUACCUAAAAUUCAUUAGUGCUGACGGUGAGAUUCAUGUUACGCUGCUCGCCGGUAAAUCUAAAGUGGCUCCCAUCAAAUCUAUCACUAUUCCUCGCCUGGAACUCUUGGCUGCUCACUUGCUUGCCCGCCUCCUUGGUUUUGUUAGGAUGACCCUUGAGCUGACCUCCGUCUCCUGCUUUUGUUGGUCGGACUCUACGGUUACUCUCACCUGGUUGCGAUCUCAUCCCUCCCGGUGGGCUACGUUCGUAGCAAACAGAGUAUCCAAGAUUCAGGAACUUCUACCUGAUGUCAGCUGGCACCAUGUGCCCACAUACGAUAAUCCUGCCGAUUGCGCCUCACGAGGCAUACACGGUGGUGACAUAUUGUCGCAUUCUACGUGGUGGCACGGCCCACCAUGGCUGUCACUUUCGCGAGAGGCCUGGCCUCCUGACUUCGAAUCUUCCGAGACCGAGUUCCCGGAGGAAAAGAAAGUUACAUCUCUCUAUGUUGCGGAACCGGUUUAUCAUUGGGAACUUGCUACCCGAUUUUCUUCCUGGAACAAGCUGAUUCGCGUAACCGCGUAUCUUUUAAGGUUCAUUGCCAACUGCCGUCGCAAGAGUAGGACCACUGAACCUCCAUCUUGUCGCGCGGCUCUCUCGUGUCAGGAGGUGUCGGAUGCCAGAUUCUUCUGGAUCCGUCAAAUUCAGGGAGAAGUGUUCCACUCAGAUCUACGAUCGCUAAAAACUACUCGCACAGUUGUUCCUAAAAGUUGGAUUCUAAUGAAAUUCUUCGCGUUGGCGACCGCCUAA